CCCGGUCAUCUUAUUUUUAAGACGUCCAUAAAUUAAAAUGAACGCGCUCCGUUCACACGCACGGGCAGGGCGUUCGUCGCAGAUGAUGGCGUGAAACAUCCAACACUAUGCCCGGCUGGUGGGUCGCCGCGAUGCUGCUCAUCCUCGCUCAGCGCACGGAAAUGAGACCCGGGGACAACGACCACCAGAAACAGCACCCCAACAUACGGCACCACCACAGGCACAAGCACAAACACGCCCAGAUCACCCCCGACCUCCCAUUCGAAGACACCUUCUUCGACCCGUUCAAAGAAAUGGUGUACGACAAGGACAUGAUCAGUACAGACUUCAUUUCCUACAGGGACGUUAAAAACGAUUGGCUUAAUAUGUCCAAUGAUCAAGUUGGCGAGUUGAAGGAUAAGAAACACCAUCCCCAUUGGCCUAUAAAGAGGGAAGCUGUCAUCGAAGGUGAUUUAGUACUUGGAGGUCUGAUGAUGGUGCACGAGAGGUCGGACAGCAUGACUUGUGGGCCAGUGAUGCCACAAGGUGGAGUGCAAGCUUUGGAAACGAUGCUGUAUACAUUGGACAUCAUCAAUAAUGACCUGAAGCUCAUCCCUGGUGUGACGAUUGGUGCUCAUGUACUUGACGACUGUGAUAAAGACACAUAUGGUCUGGAGAUGGCGGUGGAUUUCAUUAAAGGUUCUAUCAGUAACAUCGAUGACGCAGAGUACGCUUGCAAUGCCACGGCGGUGCGUAAAGUGAUCUCCGGGGUGGUGGGGGCCGCCUCCAGCGUCACCUCCGUGCAAGUUGCCAAUCUGCUGCGACUCUUCAAAAUCCCUCAGGUUUCAUUCUUCUCCACAUCUCCAGAGUUGUCGAAUAAAGCGAGGUUCGAAUACUUCACUCGGACGAUACCCUCAGAUCUGCACCAGGUGCGGGCCAUGGUCGAAAUCGUGAGGAAGCUCGGCUGGAGCUACGUCUCCAUCAUCUAUGAGGAAUCCAGCUACGGGAUAAAGGCGUUUGAAGAAUUAGAAGCUUUAUUAGCGCGGAACGGCAUCUGCAUCGCAGUCAAAGAAAAACUCGUCAAAGACUCGGGAGUGGCAGAUGAGAGAGCAUACGAUGACAUCGUCCAGAAACUGCUGACCAAGCCUCGGGCGAGAGGUGCAAUCAUCUUCGGAUCCGACCAAGAGGUGGCCGGCGUGAUGCGGGCAGUGGAGCGCGGCAACGCCACCAGCCUCUUCAGCUGGGUCGGCUCCGACGGCUGGAGUGCCCGCUCCCUGGUCUCCGACGGCAACGAGCGCGCCGUCGAAGGCACCAUCAGCGUCCAGCCUCAAGCUAACGACGUGCGAGGAUUCACCGACUACUUCUUAAACCUCAACGUCAAGAACAAUAAGAGAAACCCUUGGUUUGUUGAGUUCUGGGAGGCGCACUUCCAGUGCCGCUACCCCGGCAGCCCGCGCACCCCCUACAACGGUCACUUCGAGCGCGCCUGCUCCGGCUACGAGCGUCUCUCUAUCGACAACACCGAGUUCGAGAGGCAGCUGCAGUUCGUCUCCGACGCCGUCAUGGCCUUCGCUUACUCUAUACGUGAUAUGCACGCGGCAGUAUGCGGCGGUAGGGCGGGUCUCUGUGACGCAAUGAGGCCUGCCAGCGGCUCCGAUCUACUCAGAUACCUCAGAAAAGUCAACUUUACUGGCCUCAGUGGAGACGAAUUCCACUUCGACAGCAACGGCGAUGGUCCGGCCAGGUACAACAUCUUACACUUCAAGCAAAUACAACAGGGCAUCUACAGAUGGGUCAACGUAGGCCAGUAUCUGGACGGAGAGUUGAUAUUGCAUCUAGAUGAUAUCCAGUUCAAAUGGUACGAGCGUCGUCCGCCGGAGUCGGUGUGCAGCGCGGAGUGCGAGCUGGGACAGGCCAAGCAGUACGUGGAGGGAGAGAGCUGCUGCUGGCACUGUUUCAACUGCACGCAGUAUGAGAUUCGUUCUCCGUACGUAGAAACAGCAUGUAUGGUUUGUCCGCGGGGCACGCUCCCGGACCCAACGCGGACUCACUGCCGACCCAUCCCCGAGGCGUACUUGAGGCCGGACUCGGCCUGGGCCAUCGGCGCGAUGUCCUUCUCCUCAGUCGGGAUAUUGCUGACCGCAUUCGUCUGCGGUGUCUGGGUCCGCCACAGCUCAACGCCAGUGGUGCGUGCGAGCGGGAGAGAGUUAUCUUACGUCCUGCUCGCCGGAAUACUAAUGUGCUACCUGGUGACCUUCGCUCUCGUGUUUAGACCGACUGAUAUUCUUUGCUCAAUACAAAGGUUCGGCACUGGCUUCUGCUUCACCGUGGUAUACGCCGCCCUGCUGACCAAGACCAACAGGAUCUCGCGCAUAUUCAACGCCAGCAAGCAUUCCGCUAAGAGACCAAUACUCAUAUCGCCGAGCUCACAACUAGCCAUAUGUGCUGCACUUGUGUCUAUACAGGUACUAAUAGUGGUGGUGUGGAUGAUAGUGGCGCCAGCUCGCGCCAUGUUCCACUACCCAACGCGCGAGGACAACAUGCUCGUGUGCGACUCGUACGUCGACGCGUCGUACAUGAUCGCCUUCUUUUACCCCAUCGUGCUGAUCCUUGUAUGCACGGUGUACGCUGUGCUAACAAGGAAAAUACCAGAGGCAUUCAACGAGAGCAAGCAUAUAGGGUUCACGAUGUACACGACAUGCGUGAUCUGGCUGGCGUUCGUGCCGCUGUACUUCGGCACCGCGUCGCACGUGCCCCUGCGCGUCACCAGCAUGGCCGUCACCAUCUCCCUCAGCGCCAGUGUCACGCUCGUGUGCCUGUUCUCCCCCAAGUUGUAUAUAAUCCUGAUCCGGCCGGAGCGCAACGUGCGGCAGAGCAUCAUGCCGGUGCGCUACAGCCGCAAGCCGCCGCCGCACCACGCGCCGCCGCCCGCGCAGACCAAAAAAAGUCCAUGUGCCGAUAAAGAAACUCAAACCGAAGCAGCUGACUUCAAUAAACUUACAAAUGGGCAAACAAUUCAGAGGGUUCCAGAUAAUGUUCCAGAUAGUGUUGACGACAGCACGAAUGUUAAAGAAGAAAAAGAAUCCAAACCUUUAUGUAACAAUAUAACACUUGGUAGUAAUAAUCACAAUGAUAAUGUAAAAGUAGUUAAUAAUCCAAAUGAUAAAAUUAUAAAUGUAAAUAUAACUAAUGAGAAAUGUGACACAUUAUAGCAACGACACUCUUCUAAAUCGUAUAAUGGAGUAUACAGAAACGCCAAAAAUAAUAAUAGUCUAAGAAAGAAAAGUUGUCCUUGUAAAUUCAAAGAAAGAACGCCGGUAAUCGUUUAAAUUUGAGUGAUAUAGCUUGUAAUGUAAUACAAAUAUAUUCAUUAGUACUUCAUGGUAAUUCUUGAAUAUCAAUUGUAUUUUCUUCUUUAACAGAUUAAACCUAAUUAUGAAUCGCUUUGUACUAAAAAGCUUUGGCCAUCUUCCAUUUCUCUUCGAUGACAGCACUGUAUAUAUUGCGUAAAUCAUUUUUGCACAAACAUAAUUGAAUUUAUUGAUCCAAACACUUAUCUCCAUUGUACAGAAAAUUUGUAAAUACGUACCUACUGCAAAGACAGAUAGUGAUGUGUAUUGUAAAUAAAGUUGUAUUCAAUAGUAUUAACAUAAAGUUUGGUAUAACGAAUAUCAUUAACGAAAUUAUAUUGGUAAGCGAUUUUAUUAUGAUUAAUAUCUUGAACAUGCACAGGGCGUAGCUUUGAGCCUGGACAGUUGUGACAGAAGAUUUUAAGUACAUUGUAAGGUUUAUAUUUUCGAGACUGCUACUGCGUGUAUUGAUGAAAAUAGUAAAGAAAAUAUUAAAAGACAGUUUAAGCGACGUUGUUUCUAGGGAUCGACUGAAACUUUAUCAUUAACAUUAUACAAUUAGGCUAUUGAUACAGAAUCAGUUGUUGAUUGUUACUGAUUAAGCACAUCAUUAAAUUCAUGUGGGAUUAUUUAUUUAGUGUUUAAUUUAGAAAUAAUUUUAUCAAUAUUCCAUAUGAAAUUAAUGGUGGUUGAACUCUUAACAAACAAAUCAUUAAUAUCAGGCCUAUUUAUAUCAUAUUGUAGGGGCCUAUGGUUGGAAUAAGGAUAAUUGAGAAUGUGUAAAAUAGAUAAAUAUAAAUCAGUCAGUAGGUCUGAAUAAUACGCAACUUAAAAAGUAAAUGGCAUAAUAUUGUAUUUUUCAUUGUUAUUUAAAAACGAAUUUAUUUAAGAGUAUACUAAAUUUUCAAAUUAAAUGGCUUAUUUAUUAUGUGAAUAGAUAGCAAAAUAGUUAGGAUAGGAACAAUCACUUUAUCUCUUGACCAGACAAUGAAAAUAACAUUUUUGUGCUAACCAAAUAGGUAUGACUGACUUUUUUUAUUUCAGUCUGAAUAGGUACACGACAGGUGAACACAUUUCUCUAAUUGAUUUAACUUUCCAAUUCCGAUUAUGAUUAACAAUUAAAUUAUGGAAUGAUUUUUCUCCUGUUUUCGUUUUGUUCAUUUUCAAGAAGUGUGUGUCAUCUUACAGAAUCAACUGAUGUUAUUUACCUAGAAUUCUCAAUAUUACAUUGUUUCAUCUGUAAUAAUGUUUAUGCCUAAAUUCACAAGUCAAACUUCCUUAUCAUAAAUAUCUUUUGACAAAAUAUAGGUAACACGAACUUAUUAAUAAAUUAAUUCUAAGAAAUAUAAAAUCUAACAGAACUCGGUGUAGUUUCAUACUGAGUCGACAACACUUCAGGAUUUUAUUAAAACUGUAACUGUUUACCCAAGUUGUUUAAGCAUUA